UAAUUGCUAGUAAUAUAAUCUUUCUGUGCAUGCAUGUAAGAUUCAGCGUAACAGAUCAUUGAGUAUAAAAGCAACUAAGCUUCGAUCUGCUCAAUCCAAAGUCAACUGCAUAUCAUCAGUUUGCCUAUAUAUAACGGUUACACCACUAAGGCAAUGAAGACAGGAAUCGUUUUUUGUUACCUUCUAGCCGGCAUUGUCCUCUGUAUUGGGACGGCUAGCGGAACGGUUGUCAGCCUGAGUGAUGCUGACAAGUCAUUGAUCGUCAAAACUCACAAUGAUAUCCGGAGUGAUGUGUCCCCUACUGCAGCCAAUAUGAUUAAACUUGAGUGGAGCGAUGUGCUUGCCAAUAUUGCACAUACACAUGCUGAAAAGUGCACAUAUGCUCACAGCGACAAAACUGAAAGAAACAAAGCAGGUGCUCCUUCUUUCUCUUCAGUCGGUGAAAACAUCUUAGCAGGCGUUUUCUACAAAAUCGACUAUCAGGAUCUUAUCAACAACCAAUGGGGGGCAGAAAAGCAGCAUUAUAGUUACCCCAAUUGUAACUCAGGCGAAGACUGUGGUCAUUACACCCAGAUAGCCUGGGCCAAAACAACCCACGUUGGAUGUGCCGUUGCCGACUGUCCUUUUUAUAUUCCGGGUUACCGUUUAACAAUAUUGGUGUGCAACUAUGGACCGGCGGGUAACUUUGAUGGAGUGAAACCGUACAUACAAGGGUCCUCGUGCACCCAGUGUCCAGCUGGCUUAAACACGUGCAGUAAUAAAUUGUGCUCUUUUGGUUCAACUGUUGACACCUCUUCCAGUCAAGAGGCCUUCAUUCAGCUCAUCAUGAACAUGAUGGAGGCUGAGAGAGAAAGGGAAUGAAACAAUGUCGUAGCUAUGAACAUAUGAACAUGAAGUUAGUGAGUAGCUAUAUACCAAUUAGUGGUUUGUAGUUCCGAAACACAUGGCAAGAUCAGUCAUGCGUAUACGUAUAGUUUCUUCUUAGUUCAUAUAUCGUUUAAUUGCAGUGUAGCUGCUCUAACCGAUACAAUGAUUGUUCUCUAGUUUG